CCCAGGCCCGCGCACUCUGAUAGGUGGCUGCUGCCCAGCGCCGUUCCUGGGCGCGGGAGCUGAACCUGCGGGUCCCGCCUCCGUCGCCUGCCCUCGCCAGCUGCCUGGGCUCAGGGCCACGGCCACAUGGAGAGGGAGUCGAGGUCCGGGGAAGGCGGGGCGGCCGCAGAAGGCUGGACCACGUUGGUCGCAGACGGGGGCGGUGAGGAGGCGGGGGCCCUCAGGGAGACGGGCUCCCGCGGGCACGCGGGGGCGCUUCUGGCCCUAGAGGCGACGUGGGAGGUGGCAGAGGCUGUGCGGGAAGCUGAGGCCCAGCAGGGCACAGAGGAGGCCGGCGCGGGGGAGGAGUUGGUGCUGCUGGUGGAGGAUAUCAUGGCGGAGGUGGAGGUGGUGGCGGUGGAAGAUGAGGAGGUGGCGCAAGCAGAGCAGGUGGAGAAGCCGAAGGAGCUGUGGCAGGCAGAGCCGGUGCCCCGGCCCGACUCAUCCGGGGCCGCACUUGCCGCGCUGGAGGUGGUUCAGGAGGCUCUCCGCUCUGUGGAUGCCCAAGCCACCAGGGCUUACUUGCGGCUCAAGCGCAGGAUGAAUCAGAAGCGGAGUUGUCACCUGGCUCGAAGGAGGGCCAUCAUUCGGGGCAUCCCUGGCUUCUGGGCACACGCCAUCCUGAAUCACCCCCAGAAUCAGCCGUGACAGGUAACCAGGACACAGACAUGCCCAGCUACAUGACCAAUUUAGAGGUGGAGGAACUGAGUCGUCCCAAGUACUGCUGCCGGUUGAUGUUUUCCUUUGGGAGCAACCCCUACUUCCAGAACGACGUGAUCGUGAAGGAGUAUGACCUUAGCAUCGCCGGCUAUAGGGUGAUUCGUUGCACUCCAGUCCAGUGAUUCUGGGAUGAUGAACUUGGAGCUGCCAGCCUCAGGCGAGACACCAGCAGCCUGAACUUCUUCAACUGGUUGUGUGACUCCAGGUGCCCAGGGUCCAACAAGAUCGCCAGGAUCAUCGUCGAGGACCUGUGGCCCAAUCCCUUGCGGUACUACCCGAGGCAGGAAGGCGGCCUAUGGGAAUGAGCUGAGAGGAGGCCC